AUGAAUGAAAGUGAAGAUAAUCGUGGUUUGAAGCGAAAAAAUGAUGAUUCAAAUGUUAAUUUGGCCGAAGAAUUUAAUUCGACCUCAACAAAGAAAACUAAUAAGGUUGACGAUCAGACUGAGAAGAGAAGAAAUGAUGGGUUGAGUGAAAAUAUGGGUAGAAAAUGCCAUGAAGAUGAAGAGAGACACGAGAUAGAUAGUUCGAAUGGGAUUGCUGGAUCUGCUUCACUUCAGAAGGAAGAGACUGAAUCUCCCCAUCACGAAGAUGAGAAAGUAUCAAAUUGGUCAAAAAAGGAUCGACAAGAAGUCGCACAGACCGAUGCUUCUGUUAGCAAGAAACUGGAAGAUGAGAAGAAAAUAAGCGCGAAGAAUGAAGAAAAAGCAAGCUGUAGCAAUAAUAUUGAGAAUACGAGUUCAUCGAGUAGAAGCGAGUAUUACGAGACCAUGUGCAAGGCCUUUGGCAUCACAGACAGCGACCGUGAACGUUGGAGUGCUGCCGCAGCCUCGACGAGUUCCGCAAGCCAACGAGGAAAGGCAGCUGCCAGCCGUGGCCGAUUCCCAGUGAGACGUCUACAACCAGAUACUGGAAACAAUCCAACAAUUCUUGAAGACGGUCAAGAGGUAGCGCCGCUCGAUGAGGUUCUUAAUAUUGAAUUCACAGUAGAGAAACUUGUGGAGCUUUUGAAUGAUCAAAGAAAUGGAUUGAAUUUUCUCGCCCGCUAUGGAAUUAUUCCGAAUUCCAGGGUGUGUAAAACGGGAAAAUGCCCCAAAGGUCAAUCGAUGACUUUCGGAAAGAACACCCUUGGUUACGUGUGGCGAUGCCAAAGAUGCCGAAGAAAUUUUGGAGACCGAGCUGCUCCUAGAGUAUCCGUUUUCGAUGGUACAUUUUUGUCCAAUUCAAGAAUUCCUCUCCACAAGCUUUUCUCAUUCAUGUUCAUUUGGUCCACAAAUCCCGGUUUGAGCUUGAAUGUCUACAAACAAAUAAUGGGAGAAAAUCGAAUUUCCCCUGAAUCGAUGAAGAAAACUAUUUCAUUUAUGCGAUUCGUCAUUCAGAUGUGGUGUGAGAGAACGUAUGCGAAUUCGAAGAUCGGAGGUGACGGCAAACAUGUUGAAAUCAUCGAAACGUUUUGUGUUGAAAGCUUGGAAAAUUUGAGAUUAGUGGUUCGAACGGCGUUCGUGUGCCUCGAGGAUAAUACAUUUGGAUACGUGGGAGUUAAAUUGGAAAAUAGAUCCCUUUUUUUGCGAGCCGUCAACGAAAAAGUCGCACCUGGAAGUGCUAUUGUCAUGAAGGACACAUAUUUGAAUAGAUUUGGCGAUUUACAAACGCUCAAUGAGGGACUGGCCCACCAUUACACAGUUUCAACCAUUUCUGAUGUAUGGCUUCAAUUAGAUGCUGAAGAGCGCGAUAGGCAGAGCAUCAAAACAAAAAUGUCGAAAGCACCGAAUGCUGACCAUGAACCUAUCGCCUACGAAUACUUCUUCCGUCGUUGCUAUGGCGACAAAUGUUUCAAUCACUUGUUGUGGAUCAUGCGACAAUUACAGACAAAGCCAGAAGCAGAAACGUCGCAACCAAAAGCUUAA